AUGGAAGUCGGUCCGGGACAGCGCUCAAGAUCGGGGCCGCUCUGCAAAACGAGUUUGCUCAGGUCCUGGCGCGCUUCGAGGAGGCGGUCGGGGAGGUGUACCGAUGCCAGCCGGCAGGUUCCUAGUGCUUCGCUUCUGACGACGACCUGUGGUCGAAUCGCAAGGCUUUCGGCUGCCGUUCCCAAGAAGCAGGUGACCGAAGACCCAGUGGCGGUGGAAGCCAAGAGGUCUCAGAUUCCCAAAAGCUGCUGUCGAUCUCUGGCAUGCUUGUCACAGUCGAGGCCUCCCCCUCCGGCGCUCACAUCGAUCAGAGGUAGAGGCCGGCUAGCACAAGAAGGUCCCGACGGCCAGCGGCGGUGGAAGUCUGAUGCCCUGGCUUCUGCUUCUGCAGCUCGCCGAGGAUCGCGGAGCCACUCCUGCUUGGAGGACAUGCUCUGCAAGGUGCGAUUCCUACUGCGUGAACUUCUUGCCCACGCAGGAUUCGCGGCGGUGUGCCGCGGGGGCAGGGAUGUUGCGAAGAGCCGCCUUGCUGAAAGCUGCAAGCCGACAGCUCCCAGCACUGGAAGUUCAUCGCUGGAACCGGUGGGAUUCGGUAGGUCUGAAGACGAGGAGCGCUCACGCUCUGGCCCCAACUCCGGCCAGUCGCAGGAUCCAGCGGGGGACCGGGUCUCCGGGCAAGUGUGCGUCACGGUCCGGAUGCUGUCACGCCUCAAAGGUGUGCAGCACCUGAAGGCACCCGCAUUCUCACAGAACCGAAUGUUGAGCUGCGAUGGUCUGAAUUGGGGCCGGGGCAGGGAUGGGAAUCCGGAAGCUAAGUGUUUGAGCGUCACGGCACCGAUUGCCUCGGUUCUGCUGAGGUUUGCGGACCGACUCGACAUCGUGAAUAUCGCAGCAAGAAGGUCACGCAGACGGACAGAGAGACAGACAGGCCCGCUAGCCAACCAGCCGGGUGCUUACAUGUCGGACAAGCAAGCAUUCCACUAUGCAACUUUGCUUCUAGACUCUGCGUGUCGAGCUGACCAACUCGCCCUCGAGUCCGGAAGUUUGUCGAGAGCAGCGCAGCAUGGCAAGUUCCUGCAUGCAGCGGCGAUUUUGCCAGGUGUUGGCACGGUCGCUCAGAUUUCCCGUUCCCGUUCCAAGCAUCGCUGUGGCAACUUCGCUGGCCGUGUGACUCCGUGUGACCUUGCGUGCGUGCCAACGGUGAGCAUCCAUGUCAUGGCGAUGCUGCUGUGGUUCUGGCUCCUUGAGCAGCCGAGCCAUGGCGAGCAUAAGUCUGCUGAAGAUGUGCCACCAAUCGGCAGCAGCAGUGGCGUCACGUUGCCUUGUACCUGGAACUGGCCAGUGCUGGGCGUCGAGACCGGUGCGGAGUGCAUCAGCAGGCUUCAGUCGGAGGAGCCGUCCAGCAACAAUGCUGCCCAGCAGUUGGCAAGCAUGUACACGCAGCAUGAGAUGUCGCUCGGCGCAGUGAGUGUGUCGAAGAGUACCACGUUGCAGGAUGUUCUUGCAAACAUGAAGCAGAUGAUCCAGAACUUUAUGAGGAAUGCUGGCUUCAUCAACGCUGUCUCCUGCAUCCUGACGUGGAGUCCUGCUCGAAACCGCCAGCCAAGCAAGUCGCAUGGAAGCAGCACCAGCACAAUGGAGGCCACUGGUGCCUCUUCGGCAUCCGGGCUCUCGUGGCAGUGCACGUUCCAUUCGGGCUUGCUUGGAGACGUUGAGCUCUUUGGCACUGCCGCCCCGCCCUGUGAGUUUUGCGACAAGAGAGCCCUUGCAAUCCUGGCAGCUCCGUUGCAGCAAACAGCAACUGCGAGGACGAGGACUGGGAGCAAAGAGGGGGCCACCACUCUAAUCCCCGCCGUUGAGCGCUCUGUCCCAGUGAAGUCAGUCAAGUCCAUUCCGAAGCAGCACGAGCAGCGAACCCAGUACUGGAACUGGUGCGACAAAGAAGAGGCCCUGGCUCCUUCCGGAGACCAGAGAGCUCCGGCACAGCCACUGGCACAGCCGGUGAGACUGGGCCAGCUGACAGCCAUCGCUCUAGGGACCUCGAUCCGUGCUGAGAGUGCAGAGAAGGUCACCGAUGGAUUGUCGCACUGCCAGCUCCUCCCCGAGCUUCGUCAGCCAAACACGAUUUUCCUUAUGCUGGACCAGAAGGAGGGGCUCCCAAUCAUGUUCCGAGUGCUCGAUCAGAUAUUCCUGCCCACUGUGAGCCACGCGGCAAUUGAAAAGGCAGCAUAUGUUGUCAGACUGGCCAGAUCUGCCCGCAAGCAGAUCCUCGAUUGCUUGCAACACCUGGCCAUGUCGUCCAAGAGGCUGACACUGACAAGACAGAACAAAGUCUUCCCGUCCUGCGGGGAGGCUGAGGGCGGUUCCGGGAAGAGUUGGGACCACGGGCUUUCGAAGCCCUUGAAAGUCACACCGGGGCAGCAGCUCCGGGCUCCAUCUCAGAUCACAGGUUCACUUCCUUUCCUAAGGGAGCAGGCAUCGCUGAGGGACUUGGGAGAGCAGGUGAAGUGCUCGAUUCGGAAAGCCACAUCAAGCCUGCAGUCUUUCAUUUGGAUGGUGGAGAUUCAGAUCCGCAGGACCGCGUCCAGUGUUCCGAGCCGCGGCCCGUGUCCAGUGCAGUCCUUGUUGCGAGCUCUGCGAAGACCUGUGGAUGCUGUCCAGGGCGGCUUAGGCUCAGACGCCCUGCAAUCGGAUGAGGCCCAUAUCGCCGUAUGGGUUCCUCCGAGACUCUCCUGUCCCUCUGGUGCAGCUGCAAGGUCUUCGAAGCAAGGGAGGCUCUUGCCACACGACAAAGUCGGCGGAAUGUAUGGCAAGGUGCCUGUCAUGCAACGUGCUCUCGUUUGUGCGCCUGUGGUGGAAGCAUGGCUGAAUAUGGAGCUCGGCUUGCCAAGAUCUUGCAGCACGUUCCUGCUCCAGGCAGGUCCCGUGGACGUAGAUCCUGAUGGGGCAAUCAUCCCAGUGCCAGAUGACUCUGUGCAGGUGCCGAUUUUGGGUGAGGGUGGAAGCUCUGCCGUGAACGGAGCAGCCUCGCUUACCUGUCCAAAGGCCCUUAGCCAGUUCGGGUGUGCCGGUUCUUCCAUUCCAGCAGGUGUUGUCUUGGCACCUGCCCCCGCCCCCAGCCAGCGUGGUCUGUUCCCCUUGCUUUGCAUUGCCUUUGAGAUGUGUGCCAACCGCCUUCUUUCCUGGGCCGCGCCCACUGUGCCGGACUGCUCUGUCCAAACGCCUGUUACCACCUGCAGUGCCGGACCAUUCGACGGCAUGCGCAAAUGUCGACACCGCCCUGACUUGGAACACGAGUGCCAUGUGUGCCUCACCUCAUAUUGUCUUGCACGCUCGUGCUCCGUGGCUGGCUGCGGCUGGUGCCGUGCGGAGCUGCAGGCAGCGGCAGCAGGCCAGAGCUGUCGCGGCUGCUGCAUGCAUCUGACCAAGUGUGGUUAUGGUCGAGUCGGGCAGCUUCAGCUUAGCCAGUGCCGGUUGCAUGGGUCUGCGCUGACUUAUUGCGAUGGCCAGGAUAAGACCUUGAGGACCGACAGCGCUCUGCUUCCGGCCAUCUCGUCGGCCUUCACGGUGGGCAUUGCCGUUAUUGCGGAUGCAUGCCACGUCCAGGAAUCAUUUGGCAACCAGGCGGCCGCGCAGACGGCGCCUGACGCCCCAGCUACCCUGCAGCGCUGUGGCUGUGGCUGUGGCUGCUUCCGGAUAUGCUCCGACUGUCCACUGCGAGUGGAUCCCAAGUUGCUGCAAACUUCCGAAGGUCCUCGUUUCAUUGCGCUUCUUCCUUCGAAAGGCGCAAUGACGAGGCCUGGAUCGAAGGCAGGCGCCAGUGUCCUGCCGCUCGGAAGCUUUGGACCGGCUUUGGUGCAAGACCUGGACGACCUGGACCUGACUUUGCAAAGCUUCCUGCCUGGAAUCCACCUUGCCAAAUUCCGUAAGCUAGAGCACGGAUGGCAUUUCUGCCACUUCCUCCAGCUCCACGCACGCAUCAAGCAGAUCUUGCAAGAGCCGUGCCUGUUGCAGAAUCUGCAAGCUCCCGCCGCCCUGCCAGACCCCAGCCCGGCACCUUCGAAAUGA